UUGUAUCUUCAAUGUCCAAAGUUAGUGUUCGUACCAAGUGUUGUUGGUCGCUUGACUACUUUAAAGAAGCUGGGCUUUCUUUGGUGUGAAGAGGUGGUGAAUUUUGAGGAUGAAGAGGAAGAAGGAAAGCAACAUGUGGUAGUAAAUAAUUUAAACCUUCAAUUAUUCUUUAUCAUUGGAUCAAAAAAGUUGAAUGCUUUACCAAAAUGGCUUGAAAGAGCUACUAAAUUGCAAUAUUUGAGUAUAAGCAUAACAGGGAUAAAAUCAUUGCCCACAAGGUUGUCGAUGACCUCUCUUGAAGAACUUUAUAUCUAUCAUUGUAAAAAUUUGUCAUCUCUUCCCAACAUGGAUCAAACUCAUCAUUUUCAGUAUUUAGUGGUAUAUGAUUGUCCCGCAUUAUAUGCAAGGUACAAUAAGGAGACAGGUCCAGAUUGGUCCAAAAUUGCUCAUAUCCCAUAUUGUAAGAUUGAUGAAGAUGAUGAUGAUGAUAAUGAUGAUGAUGAUCAUGAUGAUGAAGAAUUUAUGAUGAUGAUGAAGAUGAUGAUUGAAUAAAAGAUAUGAAUGAAG